AUGGCUAUACAUGGUAAUACAUGGCAAUACAUGGCAUUACAUGGCUAUACAUGGAAAUACAUGGCAUUACAUGGCUAUACAUGGCAUUACAUGGCGAUACAUGGUAAUACAUGGCAAUACAUGGCUAUACAUGCCAUUACAUGGCUAUACAUGGUAAUACACGGCUAUACAUAGCAGACAUGGUAAUACAUAGUAAUACAUGACAAUACAUGGCUAUACAUAGCCUGCGUAGCUGGCGGCAUUGUGUAGUAGUCGAGCGAGAUUUGGCGGCGGAGCCGUCAAGAGCGGCGAAGCUGCGAGAAAUACCGCCUGCCAGAGAACCAUGAUUUUUCGAAUGCCGCCCACUUUUGUCCCCCUAGCUGAUCCCAAUUAAAUCAGCCAAUCAAAGAGAAACCUGCAAUUUGAAACUUCCGAUUAUUUUCGCGCGAGACAGUUUAGAAAUAAGCGUUGACAGGCUAAACACCACUCCUAAGCUCGUGAUAAUGUGAAAUGUGACCUUGUGAGUUUGCUUGAACAGAGGUUUUUCUUUUUCCCGGCUCUCGCGCGAAGGUUACCAGCACUACACAGUGCUAAACUUUGACUGAGUAUUUUGCCACACUAGGCUUAACAUUAAAAGGUCAGGAAGCUGGUUUGUUACAUGCAUACUGAGUAACCAUUUCCUGUGGUUUAUUCUUCUGUAGGUGUUCCUGAUAGAAUUUGAUCUCAGAUGCAGUUGUAAAGUGUUUUAAUUUUCUUUGACCUUUGUUUCUUACGGCUAAAUAAAGACAAUUCCAGCGCUGUGAACUUUAAAGAUGCCAUUUCGGCAAUUUGGUUAUCAAUUAUGCUCUUUUUAAAGGGGAAACCACAAUCUCUUACGUCUUUCAGUUUGCCAUCUGCUCCCUUAAUUGGGAAAUAUAUGCCAAGGAUCAUCUAACAUGAUUGACAUACGUAUGGCCCUAGACCAAUCCGUUUCUCCGCACACUGGUGUGCGGACUAUUCAAAAUACCGGGGUUUUCUGGCGGGCGGUAUUUCAACCGCCUCGUCCCUAUUCCCUUUUUUUGGAACACGGCUCCGCCGCCAAAACUUUAAUCUCCCACCCACACAAUACCGCCAGCUACGCAGGCUAGGCUAUUCAUGGCAUUACAUGGCUAUACAUGGCAUUACAUGGCUAUACAUGGCUUUACAAGGCAAUACAUGGACAUACACCGCGAUAAAUGGGUAUACAUGGUAAUACAUAGUAAUACAUGGCAAUACAUGACUCUACAUGGCAUCACAUGGCUAUACAUGGCAAAACAUGGCUAUACAUGGCAAUACAUAGCUAUACCUGGCAUUACACAGCUAUACAUGGCUAUACAUGGCAAUACAUGGCUAUACAUAACAAUACAUGGCUAUACAUGGCAAUACAUGGCUAUACAUAACAAUACAUGGUUAUACACGGCGAUACAUGGAUAUACA